AUGUCAAACCCCCACCCAAACAACGGGAACACCAACCCCGAAGUACAUCCUCAUCAUCCCCCCCUCAAUCCGCCUAAUCAUUAUCCCUCCUACCCUCCUGUGAAUCCAUUCGCUCACCCUUAUUCGCAACCUCCAUCAUUCUGGUAUCCACCACUGUUCUCACAUCCUCCUCCUCAUCCAAGUUGGGGGCAUCCCACUUACCCGUAUUCCAACUCAAUGCCACCUUACCACCACCAACCACCUCCUGUCUUAUCCCAACCUACUUCACAACCUAAUGCUACCCCCGAUUUGUCUUCUAUGAGUAUUCCCUUUACCCCGUAUGCUGCUACACCUCAUCAUGCUAUGGCUUCGACACAACCAUCAGUUAUGCCUACUCCUCACGCUAUUGCUUCGACCACUGCUAUUCCUACCACUGCCAUUGAAGGCUUCCAGGCCGCGACACCAACAACUAUCAACGGAUUACCACCCACGAACAAGACAGUUCUCAAUGUCACGAACGAAUCUUUCAUUACCGCAGGUCCACAGGAAACAACUGACGAAAGAGACGCGGACUGGCCAGUCAUUGGUAUGUUAUGA